AUGGUCCAACCAGAUAAGCGUCUGCUCUGGCAUCCCAGGCACGACAACAGAUUCGUCGUUGGAGGAAACUCGCAAAUCACGCUUUACGAGUGGGCAGCAGAAUACCCAGAGAUCCGCCAUGUCACAUCCCAGCACGAUCUACAUUUUAUGAAGUGCUUAGCCUGGUCGCCGGACCCUGCUUUUGAAGAUCUGAUGGCUGUUGGACUUAGUACUGGCAAGGUGGACCUCAUCCGACUCGAAGCAGGCAAGCAAGCUCAGAAGAACAACAUCCUUUCCAACGGGCCAACUGUCACCCUUCCCGUACGAAACUCUCGCUCAUGCAACGCCCUCGCAUUCAGCAACGCGGACCCCAACUAUCUCGCCGUCGGCCUCGAUAAAGUUCGCGGCGAUUCCAGUCUCGUCAUAUGGGACAUCAGCCCCUCCGUGCCCUCUCUCACCAUUCCUCUCGCAAACCCCGGCGAUAGCUCCGUUUUGCAUAUCCUAUCGCCUCGUCAACCUCGCCCUGAACCCCGCAUCCCACGUCUCGAAAACCAAGCCAGGAUCGACCCUCGGGUUCUGCAGCACCACGCCCCGACCGAAGUCGUCUCCUCCCUCGCCUUCCUUCCGUCAUCAACCCAUCUUCUGUUGGCCGGAAUUUCGCAUCGGUGGUUACGUCUUUUCGACCUACGGGCCCCCAAUAUUGCUGCCGCCAACGCUGCCUCUAAAGUUCAUGGCAUCGCGACAGAUCCAUUCGAUGCCCAUCGAGUUGCAUGUUUCGGAGACGGUGUGAUAACCGUCUGGGAUUCGCGGAAGCUCGCUCAACCCUUGUUAACGUUCUCAGAACGCGAUGCCCUUGCUGACGGUGCGAAGAUUCGACCAGGUUCAAUUUACGCUAACAUCGAGUUUUCGAGCACGCGGAGAGGGUGUCUGGCCACGUUAGAGAAAGACGCGGCAUAUGUACGCUUUUGGGACGUUCUGGAAUCGAGAAUUCAGGCUAUCGAGGGAAGCAUCACUGGAGGUGGUUCGUCAGAUGGAGAGGCGAAGAGUUCGAGGGAGUCUAGUCGUGCAACGAGAAGGUCGUGGGCGCCCACUUUGCCUUGGCCAUCGAGCCAGACGCAGCACUCGCCGAAGGAGAAGGAUCUCACCUCUUCGGUCGAGCUUUCGAGACACCCCUCCCUUGUGCUGGCAGACACACGUAGAACGAAACAAUUCCAACGAUCGCUUUCCUCUUUUGCCCUCCUUCCAAAUCUACAAAAUCCUCACCCGCUCACAUCCAACGUCAUGGUGGUCAACAAGGAGGGAGACCUCGAACUAUACGCCAUCCACGACACAGCAAAGCAACUUGCCUGGAGUGCACGUGGAGAUUUGGCAUUCGGGGCAGGCAUCGGGAUGAGAGUUCUCGAAGGGUACCACGACGUAGAGAAUGACGACGACUUCGAUUCGGAUGGCCUGGCACAGCGAAAGUCCGGGUCAGGCUUCCAGUACCCUGCCAGCACAGAGAGAGAUCGCAACUCGCGCUCUCGGUCCAACCCUUCUCGAGACCAGUCUCGCGCCCGGGGUCGCUCAGGCAUCGCGGGGCAUCUUGUGCCACCCGCCGGAUCGGCCCCGCCUGCUCUGUUUGGACGAGGAGACGAGGACGGGUUCCCUGCGCUGGCAAGUAGUAACACUGCUCCAACUGGCCUUUCGGCGACGCGACCUGGCAAGCCGAGGACGUACAGCCCUGCGUCGGUACGCAAGUAUCGAAAUGGAGAACGUGGCGAGCAGAGAUCGUUCAGGAGGUCGCCCUCCAGGACGGACACGAUACCGGUCGACGAUGAUCCACCUGCGUCGAGUCGGGCCAGGGCCCAUAACCUGGAUAAAAGCGGAGCGAAGGCCAGGCAGAAGUCCAGAGAGCCGCCGAAGAGACCGACAGGGGUCGUCCACAUUGUCCAGGAUGAUAUCUCGAUGACGAUGAGGAAGAGGGUGCGGGCAGGAUAUGGCUUGUCCCAUCCUGAACAGAAUAGUAACAUCACGAAAGACGAUCAGGAACCCUCCAAUGCAUCAAGCCAGUCCCUAUCGGAGCUCUGGGGAUGGCUUCAUUAUUCUCAUGAAAUCCUCUGCAAUCCAACCUCUCGAUUACACGGCUACGACUUCUCCUACCAUGGUCUGGCUGGCAUCUGGGAAGGUUUCCCGCCUAUCGCUGCCCCAGCUCAGCAGCAGCAAGUCAUUGACGACACACCCAUCCCGCUACCGCGUACACUCCUUGACGUCCCACCAGCAGGCGUAUUGGCGCAGGGCCAACACCACACGCAUACAUCCAGUGGUGGAGGUACACGACGAAGCAGAUCGCCUGCAGAUGAUCUUCAUGGGAAUUGGCCGGCAGCUUUGGCUAUCCUAGCUGCUAGGAAGGGUGCUGAUCGUUCGACUUGGAAGCCGACGGUGCCGACGACGAAGCUCGUUCAAAGGCAGAUUGCACUGCAGAUUUGCGGGUGGAGCUUGAGAGAAGACGAGCUGGCGGCUGCUGUCAAACGAUGGGAGAAGGACGACCAGCUCUCGAGAGCGGCGUGUUGGCUGGUUUUCACCAGGCAAUACGGCAAGGCUGUCGAGCUGCUCAUGCGGAGCGAUGAUGAAACUCAUCAGAUGAUGUCCGGCACUGUUGCUGCACUCGCACCUCUCAUGUCUGGCUCUGGCUCUACAAGAGUACUGGAGCUUCGCGAACUCUACGGCCGACUGAUCAUCAAGCUCAACGAUCCGUAUUUUAGAGUGAUGUUAACGCAUCUAGCGACAGGAGAUUGGUCGGAGGUCCUUGACGAAGAAGUCAUCCCUUUCCACGAACGGCUUGCCAUUGCCUUUCAAUUUCUCGACGAUAAAGCCCUCUCAUCAUACUUGCGGCGGACGACGGAGAGGGCAUGCGACGAAGGGAACAUCGAUGCCCUAAUCGUUACAGGCCUCACACCAGCAGGCAUGCGCGUCAUCCAGUCCUACGUCGACCAUACAGGCGACAUCCAGUCGGCAGCGAUCCUUUCAUCGUAUGUCUGCCCACAGAAAUUCAAAGACAGAAGAGCAGAACGGUGGUUGGAGGCCUACCGGGAUCUCCUAGAUGGGUUUAAGAUGCAUCAUCUCCGGGUCGGCUUCGACAUCGAGAGGGGCCAGAUCUUGCACGAUGCCAUGCAGAACGGCGAUAUGCUUCCGGAAGAGUGGGCACCAAGGCAGAUUGUAAUGCGAUGCCACUAUUGCAACAAGCCGUUCAGUGAUAUGACGAUACUGCUGGCGCCUCAGCCGCAGAAGGAGAGGCCUACUGUGUGCUCUGGCUGCAAACGCGAGCUUCCCAGAUGCUCUGUGUGUCUCAUGACACUCUCCAUUGUCCAUGAUGCCGCUCGCGAGGUGGAGCUGGGUUACUCCCAUCAUCGAGAUACCUUCGACGAUGCCAUUGUCAUCUGCCAAACAUGCCGUCAUGGCGGCCAUGCAGUUCAUAUUUUAGAAUGGUUCUUGAGUGAGGACGGUCGAAGGACGCAUGAAGUCUGUCCUGUAGCCGACUGCGGAUGUCGCUGUGCAGACGAAUUUUGA